AGACCAAAAUGAAUUUUUCUCGUGCUUUUUUUCGAAGCAGUAGGAGCCCUAAUCCUUUUCCCAUCGCUCGCCCCAAUUCCGCUCCCUUUUUUUCUCCGUGAUCUCGAAUUCUCGCAGAUCACAUUUCUGUCGAGAGGAUUUUGAUGGCGACGGAAUCGUCUUCGACUUCGAGCUCCAACCCUGCGUCGUCGUCCCAAUUCUCCUAUCCAGGAACCACCUAUUUCCCACUCCCGUUCCAUCUCCAGAACGCCGGCCCUGCGGCUCAGCAGCCUUACGCGCCCUCGCCCCAGAUUCCCACCGUGGCACCUGCGUUCCCUGUUCCGACCCCGGUUGUUACCGGAAUGUAUUCGCUUCCUCAAUAUCAGCAGGCACAACAACUUUUCCAGCGAGAUGCACAAACCAUUACACCAGAGGCACUAGAGAGUGUGAAAGCAGCAUUAGCGAGUAGUGAGGUUGAGCAUAAAUCAGAGACAAAAAAGAAAGCAAUACCACGAAAAGCGGCUGGUCAGAGAUGGGAGGAUCCAACUUUAACAGAUUGGCCUGAAAAUGAUUUUCGUUUAUUUUGUGGAGAUCUUGGUAACGAAGUCAACGAUGAUGUUCUUUCAAAAGCAUUUUCACGAUUUCCCACCUUCAACAUGGCGAGAGUAAUCAGGGACAAGAGGACUGGUAAAACCAAGGGCUAUGGAUUUGUGAGCUUUUCCAACCCAUCAGACCUUGCUGCAGCACUCAAGGAAAUGAAUGGUAAAUAUGUCGGAAACCGCCCUAUCAAGCUGCGUAAGAGUACAUGGAAGGAGAGGACAGAUGUUGGCGCUCUUGGAAGGCAAAAGAAUCACAUUCAAAAGAAACCAAAGCUGUCAAAGAAAGGUGUUCUUCACAAAUGAGCUUCAGAAACUUAACCAUUGAAUGUAGACCUAUCGUCUAGUAUGUUAGAUUGUUAAUUUUUCUUGUUGUCCCCUCUUCAGCAUGUUGCACUAACAUGGUCGGCAUGUUCCUGAAAGGAAUCAAUUGAUUGUGCAUCAUGUGGUCGAAUAUGUAAUAGCUGUAUAUGGUGGAUGUUCUGCUGACCAUCAUGUUACGCUCAUGCAGUCAAUCACAAGUCAAACAACAUCAUAUGGUGGAAAAGCAUUUGAUUAUGAAAUUGAAUUUAGAAAUGCCAAUUUAUAUGAAA